AUGGCUGAGCACAAGACAACCGAGGGCGUGUAUGGGCCAGGAACGUACACAGAUACCGAAUUCAUUCCUAUUCCACAAGAUUCCCAACGGCUACUGAAGCAUUUAGCCCAAAUCACGCCUGGCUUCACGAAAGAUCCCAAAAUCCUAGAAGAUGUGCAAUUCACUGGCAGUGACCUUCCAGUCCUACCUGUCAUCCAUGCAAUGAUGGCUAUUGUAUCCAAAGAUAUUCUAGCUACGAAAGGCGUCGAUACGGGCAAGAUCAGUAUUGAUACGGAUCAUGCUGGCAUGUACCCUGCCAUGUGCUCUUUGGUCGCUAUUAAUGGCAAGACGAUGGUCGAGAUGGCUAAAGAUGGAUCUCUGUCCAAGAUGGGGAAGAACGUCGAGAAGGGUGCCAUGCAUGCCAAUCAUAUGCGAACGCGGAGCUGGGCAAUAUAUCCUACAAGGGACAAGAACGUGUGGUACCAAGUCAUCGCCAAUCUCAGACCACAGAUCUUCUUCGACGCCUACGGGCUGGACGACAACGCACCAGUGAAGAACGUCGACGAAGCCUACGAGCUCAUCAAAUCAGUCAUCUCGCAAUACUCAGCCAGAGAGCUGGAGCAAAAGAACAUGGAGCACGGCCUAUGCGGUAACACGGUCUUUUCGCCCGCAGGCUGGCGCAAGACCAUGAUGGCGAAGGCUCUGGAUAGGCAUCCGGUGAUCGAUUAUGAGAAGAUUGUGGGAAGUGCGGAUUUACCACCGGUGCCUUUCCCUAUCGUACCAAAUGACAAUCGACCACUGGCGGGUAUCAAGGUUGUUGAGCUGGCUCGCGUUAUUGCUGGACCGGUGCUCUGUGCGUUGUUAACGUCCCUGGGAGCUGAAGUCGUCAAAGUGCAGAGUCCGAAUCUCGCGGAUCCAAACGUACUGCAACUGUCUCUGACGCCUGGAAAGUACACACACCCUCUCGACCUCACCGUUGAGCCCGAUUGCCAGCAGCUGCAGAAGAUCCUCGAAGGCGCCGACGUGAUCGUCCAAGCCUUCCGCCUCCGGUCUAUGAAACACAAAGGCUUCGGCCUCGCAGAUAUGGUCGAGAUGGCCCGCAAGCGCAACAAAGGGCUCGUUUAUGUUGAUCUCAACUGCUACGGCCAAGAAGGCACAUAUGCAGAGCGGCCAGGAUACCAACAAAGCGCCGACGCCGCGUCAGGAUGCUCCUACAUCAUGGGCAGAGCAUACGGGUUCGAAGAGGGCACGGGCGUCCUGCCAUCCCUCCCCGUCGCAGACAUGAUGACCGGCGCGGUUGGAGCCCUAGACGUGCUGCUUGCGCUCCGCGACCGCGCCCAACACGGCGGUUCAUACCACGCCAGCACCGUGCUUGUUGCAUCCAACACCAUCCAGCUGACGCCAGAGUUCGGGCUCUACCAACGCGAGACCGUGCAGAAAGUACAGGAGACUUUCAACUUCGCCAAGAUGACACCUGACCAGCACAUGGAGGAUCUCUUGAUUGUCGUGCUGGAUGGCUGGCGAUCGCACAGCGACCUGUUGCAGCGGAAGGAGUUCUUUGCGCAUUUCAAAGAGAGCCCGUUUGGGAGGGAUCAUUACAUUCUGGGCCCGUUGAUCAAGUUUGAGAAUGAGAGUGCUAGUCCAAGGUGGGAUCGCUCGCCGGUGCCGUUCUGCUUUCAUGAGAAGUUUAGUUGGAGUGCGGUAUGA